AUGGCUCUGGCCGGCUCUGCCGCAGCACAAUCACAGUGCCACGCUGGCGGCACUGCGGAUUGCAAGCCAGGCUACAACUACUGCGCCAAGACGCUGAACAACCGAGGCGAUGCUGAUUCCGCCAUCCGAGAUGCAUUACGCGCUGCGGGCUAUAGUAACGCCAAGGUCAAUAGUGUAGGCGCGUGGAACGACAUUAUCUACCAUUGCAACGAUGACUACACGCUGAAGGUGGUGAAGCAGUGCGAUGCAGCCUAUUGUGUGGACGGUGGUUUGAACAAGGAUGAUUACUGUGGCAAGUCUGGUAGUGCUCUUGAUUGGUUCUGA